ACACGGUCUCUCCUCUCCGCACCAAGAAAAAAACAGAGCUCCUCCUGUUCAGUUCCAAAAGACCAAAGCCAUCAUGUUGAGAAAUUUUUCUGGCGAUUUUCCGAAAGGAAUCAGAAAUAUUUGGACCAGAGCUGGUACUUUAAGGGAAGGAACCAGGAACCCAAAUAUUUGUGGUGUAUGUUCCGAGGAACCCAAAGAUGAAAACUUGCAGAGGUUAGCUGCCAAGGGGUGUGAGAUCUUUCCCUAUGGAACCCUGGUUGCAGCGACCAACAACUUUGAUCCUCAAACUAGGCGUCAAGACUCCUUCAGAGACAUCUACAAGGGAAAGUUGAAGGAUGGGAGAGAGGUAGCGGUAGAGAAGUUGUCGGAGACGUGGCAAGAUGGGAGGGAUGAAUUCAUGAGAGAGGCAGAGAUGUUGAGUGGCUUGCAUCACCCCAAUGUGGUGAAAUUGUUUGGUUGUUGCGUCGAUUGCGGUGAAUAUAUUCUCGUUUACCAGUACGUUCCCAACAGCCUUCACCAGCUCUUGUCCAGUCCUAGUGGGAGAAAGCAACUUAGCUGGACUCAAAAGUAUGAAAUAAUCGAAGGCAUUGUAAAUGGUUUGAAUUAUCUUCAUCGCGACAUCAUCAUCAUCCACGGUGACAUGCAUCCCGCAAAUAUCUUGCUUGACCACCAGUUGAAGCCAAUUAUUUGUGGUAUUAACAGAGGCCGCAACUUGAAUACUAGCUUCUCUACCUGUGUAGAUCCUCCUCCUUGCGGACAUUUGGCUCCAGAAUAUUGGCAAGUCGGACAAAGAUCAACAAAGUCGGACGUAUAUAGUUUUGGGGUAUUGUUACUGAAGCUCAUUGGUGGCAAAAGUUUGUACCCUCAAAAUGGAAUGUGGCUUCCGCUGUUUGGUUGGACAUGCAAGCUUGACAAGGAAAGCAGGGGCUUAGAAUUCUUGGACUCUACUGUAGCAGAGUCGGUAGUGACCGAGCAAGUGACAAAUUGCAUCAUGAUUGGUUUACUAUGCGUUCAAUGUGCUCCAGACUCGCGUCCCAGAAUGGAUCACGUUGUUUCCAUGUUAACAGGGAGUCGGCGUCUUAUGGGACUGAAAAUUGACAACUCAAGAUCCUUUACUCCAUCAUCCUGUUCUUCUUUUGACGCGAGAUCAUUUCAGUCUGAUGGAGUUGAAGAACUGGAUGGAGUUAAAGAAGUGGUCGACUUGCGACCAGAACUUUAUCCGGAUUUGGCAAUUUGUUGUCCUUCAAAGCAGAUAAUGGAAGAAGACUCGCCCAGGAACUCGGUCAGUGUUCCUGUCCAAGAUGGACGUGUUGUUUCAGAGGAACAAGAAGAUGAAAGUCUAAGGCAGAGAAUAGGUGCCCACAAUUGUCAGAAGUUCUCCUAUGAAACCUUAUAUGAUGCUACCAAUGGAUUUGCCUCUCAAAAUGUGCUGGGUCAAGGAGGCUUUGGACUCGUCUACAAGGGGAAGUUGGAUGAUGGGAGAGAGAUUGCAGUAAAGAAGUCAUUAAAUAUGUCAGAACAAGAUAAAGAAGCGUUGAUGAGGGAGGUAGAGUUGCUGAGUAGCGUGAAGCACCUCAAUGUGGUGAAAUUGUUUGGUUAUUGUGUCGAUAACAACAAAUUCUUACUUGUUUAUGAGUAUGUUCCCAACAAGAGUCUCGACAAGCUUUUAUUCGGUCCCAAUGGGAGAGAGGAGGAGCUUGAUUGGAGUCGGACCUAUGGCAUAAUCAUGGGCAUUGCAAGGGGUUUGAGUUAUCUUCAUGGUAACCCCCAAAACUGCAUCAUUCAUCGUGACAUAAAGCCUCACAAUAUCUUGCUUGAUCACAAAUGGGUGCCCAAAAUUUCUGACUUUGGCAUUAGCCGUCUAUUUGAGGAAGACCAAACCCAUGUUUAUACUAGAAUAGUUGGCACUUGGGGAUAUAUAGCUCCUGAAUAUUUAGACCAUACUCGCGUGUCAGUGAAAACAGAUGUUUAUAGUUUUGGAGUUUUGGUGUUGGAACUGAUAAGUGGGAAAAGAUACUCAUUUAUGCCGCCACCAGAGGUCAAUGCUAUUGGUUUGCUUAGCUGGGCAUACAAGCUUUUUAAGGGAGGCAAGAUCUCAGAGAUCAUGGACCCUACUUUAGCAAAUUCGGCAGUCAUCGAGCAAGUGAAGAAAUGCAUUGAAAUGGGUCUACUGUGCACUCAAGGUCACCCAAACUCACGUCCAAAUAUGGAGCAUUGUGUGUUCAUGUUAACAGGUUAUCAAUGCCACAGCAAAACCUCAAUUUCCAGGCCAGGAGUAUUUGGUUAUAGGGGCUAUAACUCAAGCCACCUUUCUGAAGCAACACAAAUCAGGCGACCAAUGAUGAUCCUAUUGGAGUGUCUCUGGACGGGCAUGAAGGUGAGCAGACUCGUUCAAAUUCUUGUCAAAGAAUAUUAUGAGCCUUUUAGUGAGGAUUCUAACCUGAAACCUUUCGAAGAGGAGGAGGAGGAAUAUGAACCUCAAAGUGAGGAUUCUGAUUCUGAUCUUGAAGAAGAUCCCAAUGUUGAUCUUGAAAAUGUGCCGAAAGGACCUAAAGGGGUGCACAUGCUAUCGGGACCAAAACAUGAAUCAGAGGGUGAUGAGAAUAUUCAAAAUGAAAAUGAAGAUGUUGAACAACCUUUCACACUCUUACACCUCAGAGAGAUGGCCAACAUGAUCUGUGAACUUAAAGAAGCCAGGCACAAUCUUUUUGAUGAACAGCAAGUACAGGCUAUAAUGAGAUCGCUCUCGCAUAGCUGGGAGCAUAUGAAAGUUAACCUAACCUAUAAUGAAAACAUUGUUAACUUUAACGAUAUAGCUAAAUACCUGGAUCUAGAAGCUGAACAUCUAGAGGCUUAG